AUGGUGGCUGAUUAUGUGUUAAAAUGGGUGGAAUCCAUAGAAGUUGCAAAUAAUGAAGGGAUGAGUGUCACCGCGUUCUUGAAAAAGAACAUAUUUUAUAGAUUUGGCACCCCAAUGGCCAUUAUUAGUAAUGGGGGAUCACACUUCUGCAACAAGUUGUUCAACGGGUUGUUCGAGAAAUAUGAGGUUCGUCACAAUGUGGCCACGCUAUACCAUCCUCAGACUAGUGGGCAAGUAGAGGUGUCUAACAGGGAAAUCAAGCAGAUUCUUAUAAAAACUAUGAAUGUUAGUAGAACGGAUUGGUCAAAGAGGAUUGAUGAUGAUCUUUGGGUGGACCAGACAGUUCAGUUAGAGCAUAAGGACAAGUGGGCAAUGAAGAAACUGAAGAUGGAUUGGAAUGAAGCAGCGGAACAAAGGUUGAAUGGGUUAAAUGAUCUUGAUGAGUUUGGAUUGAAGGUAUAUGAAAGUUCAUCCCUCUACAAAGAAAAGAUUAAGAAGUGCCAUGACAAAAAGUUUGAGAAGCGAGAUUUUGUGGUUGGGGAUAUGGUUCUUUUGUUCAACUCUAGGUUGCACUUGUUUUCGGGCAAACUCAAGUCCAAAUGA